AGUUUCUUACUCCUCGCCUGCUACAUUAGAUGGCUCAAGGGAUCUGAUAUCAAAUAAUACUGAUGGUUCUUGUGUGAACCUCCCUUCAGCACCAGGCAAAUCUGUUAUAUACAAAUGCAAUGGAAAGUAUUCGGAAUCUUGUACAUUUGGCAGAAUCGUUCCUGAAUAUACUUUAGUCAAAACUUCGUGUAAGCCUGGCUAUUUUUCAUUGAACAGUGACGAUGGCAAUGAAACCACAUCAGUCUGCGCUGAAAAUAGAUGGAUUCCCCCGCAUAUUAAAUGUCACAAAACGUGUGACAGAUUGUACCCCGAUCAAAUGAAUGUCCAUCUUGAGUGCUUUCAUGGAAACAAAUCUAUUCCAUGUGAAGAUGAUUCAUUGAUAUCUGGCUCGAGAGUUCGUUCCUCUUGUAAACAGGCACACAAAUAUGAAAACUAUAAGAACACAUAUCAAGAAAUCAACUGCGGAGAAGAUGGGAAAUGGGAUGCUGCUCUGAUUCCCUGCAUUUCAGGUUGCGAGAAAAAACCGGAAAGUCAUGAGGCACCAUGGCACGUUAUAAUCGUGCAUAAUAACUAUGAAAAAGGGCAAUCAUGUUUUGGAACUGUUGUAAGUCCUCGGCUAAUUCUAACAGCGGAAUCCUGUUUAUUUCUUGAAGUGUCGAUAACUGGAUCCGAAGGAUCAGAUGCGAAUGCAACGCACUAUUCAGUUUUGGUGGCCAGAUACCCCGACUACCAACGAUUUUAUGAGGUAGCUGAAUUUCAAUAUUUCAAUCAAACCAAAUUCAGCAAUAACUGGAAUCGUGGCCUAACCCCGAUGAUUGUAGUUUUGAAAGAGAAACUGGAAUUCAAUUCUUUCGUUUCACCAGCUCAUAUUCAAUGGGAAAAUCAAAAAAAAUUGGAUAUGUGGAAUGGAACAGUGAAGGUAUCUGCAACAGUGGAGUUACCAUCGGAUUUAGAGAAUGAUCUAACCGAAAUACUUCACACAAGACCAACUACCAACAGCGUGAAUUUCUCGAGCCAUAUUGCAUGUAAAGAAAGAUGGACAUACCCAUACUUUGCUCUUUAUUGGGCAGCGAAAUUAAAAAGUUACAAAGAAACAAUCGAUAAGACUUUUUUGUAUGAUAAAAAUCUUAUGUGCCUAGAGUUUGAUGAAGAUUCAACGCUUAAUAUUGGAAGUGGCGUUGUGGUUGAAGACAAUAACUGCAAUUAUUUUCUUCGAGGAAUCAUGGGUUAUCCAUUAGACCUAGCACAACUUAUUUCACGUAUGAAUACGCAUUUAGGAUUGAAUGACGGAUUCAGCAACAACUUCAACAAGUUCAGAAAGUGUGCUAAUAAACGAAUUCCACCAAAAUGGUCUAAUGUUGAGGAAAGCUUUAAAUUCUGGUGUAAUAUUACAAAUCUCGUAAUGAAAACAACAAGAAAAAUCGGAAAUAAGCUAGAAAAUGAUCCUAAAAUUGCCGGAUUUCUCGAUAUAGCUGACUAUGUAGGUUGGAUUAAAAAGGUACGCGAUGAAAUUGAGAAUAAAUAGUUAUUUAUGCAACUAAUGAGAACAGUAUAGGUGACUAGCGACAUUGUCAGGGGCCGUGGCGAACGUGUUUUAUAAGGAGAGUUAUACAUCUUCAAAAUACUAUUGUAACCUAACCUAACCUCUUCUUUUUUACUAGUACCCGAGUCCCAACGGUUGAGGGAAAUAUAUUAUCUAAAUAGUUUUAAGUUUGUGAAAGAAAAAACAGAAUAAAUCUAAGUACCUAACUUAAGUUUGUGCUAUCAAUUAAAAACUACUGGCAUAUUAUGGUUGGGUUAAAGUUAACAAUGUUUCACACAAUGUUAGGUGCUAAAAGUAAAUUAAUUUGGGUAAAAAUAACUUAAAAUAUACCUUUACAAUCAGA